AAACCAGAUUAUAUUGAAAUUUGUAAGAGUUGUACAUAUCGCUUAAGCUGAGCAAACAUAAAUCUCGCAAACUCAUAUGUACAAUACACGUGUGUACAUAUGUACACUUCAACAAUAAGCAACAAAUUUGCAAGACAGGUUCUGAUAAUUCUCGGCAAAAAGAAAAUACGUCAGCUACAAUAAGGAAAAAAUAAUGAGACAAAUAUGCCGCUAUAAAGUGCAAACUGGUUUCGCCGAGACAACCGAAAUAAUAUCAUUGCGGAAAGCGAAAUCACAACUUGUUUACUGCAAAGAUUUUUCAGACGGCAUAUACAUAUCGUUUCUUUUUAGAAAUCGAAUGUUUAUGCAGCAAUAUAGGCCGCUUUGUAACUGUUUUAAACCUUUCUGUGGUGGCAACUAAAUAGGUACAUAAGCUUUGUGUAGCACGGACGCAAAACCACACUACAAAAUUCACUUUGUUUAGAUGCUUAUUUGUGAAAUUUUUGAAGCAAAAGCAAACGAACGGUAUGUCAACACAAACAACACACGCCCCAACGGCGCCGGAAUUGCCCACAACAUCACAUGGUGAAGCGUCAGCACCGCCUACUGAAUCAAUGGAUGAUUGGACUUAUUUUGACAAUGCAACAAACGAUGGCACAGAGCAAACUGCAACCACUGCGGCACAGCAAACCGCCACAACAUGCUCAACUGAAACUGUGAACUCUACCGCUGAUAAUGUCGCAUCGAAAACUACAACUUCCACGACGUAUUCGUUUCCAGGCAGCGCUCUCGGCAGCGAUUCCACAGCGAACAUAAACAGCAUUAAAACAGAAAGCAGCAGCACUAGUGGUGAUUCUAAAAACAAAAACAACGAAGAGGAGAAAGUCGAUGAUUCCAUGUAUGAAUGUAAUAUUUGUCUCGACACCGCAAAGGAUGCAGUCGUCAGUCUGUGCGGUCACCUGUUUUGCUGGCCAUGCUUGCACCAAUGGUUGGAGACACGUCCAAAUUGCAAAUUAUGCCCAGUUUGUAAAGCAGCAAUUGGCAAGGAUAAAGUAAUACCGUUAUACGGACGCAACAGCACCAAGCAAGAGGAUCCCAGAAAUAAGGUGCCACCGCGUCCCGCUGGUCAGCGUACAGAGCCAGAGCCACAACAAGGUUUCCAGGGUUUCGGCUUUGGUGAUGGUUUCCACAUGUCUUUCGGUAUUGGUGCUUUUCCAUUCGGUUAUUUCGCUUCGUCUUUCAAUUUUGGUGAACCUCGUGCAGCUGCCGCCAACCGUGGCACAGUGCAGUAUGAAGAUGAACAGCAAUUAUCUAAAUUAUUCCUGUAUUUGGCUAUCUUGUGCAUUGCUUGGUUAUUAUUCGCAUAGCAAUACUAAAUCGAUUAUACUUACAUACCUAAAUAUAUAUAUUUAUGCAAAAAGCCCACUUUUUAAUUUGUUGCUCCGUGCUUGCGAUUAUUAAUAAGAAAUUCAAUUAUGUACAUGUGUGCAAUUCAUUAACGAAACAUAUAUACAUACGAAAUUGCAAAUACUUUUAACACUGUGAAAUUACAUUGUCGAAGGAGAGAGGAAGUAAUCUUAACGCGUAAAAUUAUAAAAAAGUGAUACCUUCAAAAUAAAUGUAUGUAAUGAAUUAAAAAACAAAAUAACAGUAAACGAAUUAAAACCAUAUUCAUCAUAAAUGUAACUACCUGCAUUUCUUAACUUCUAUUUCAUAAUAUGAGUUUUCGUGACGAAAUAGCAUUGAAGUCAGUUUUAGUUGCUCAAACAAAAUUACUGUAUUUUUAAAUUUUAUGAUCCUUGGCUCUUAUUUUUUAAGUAAUUUUUACAUUACAACAAAUUGUACCUAAAUUUCUAUUAAUGGAUUUGUGAUUAAGCGUUAAGUUUGGAGGUGAGACACUAAUAUUUUCUUUUCACGUUUGGUUGUUUAUUUCGGAAAUAAAAUGCUAUAACCUUAUUAGGAUUACACACAUUUUA